GCCCCAAUCACCUCAAUUUACACGCCAGGACACUCCGUCGGUCCAGCGAAAAUGCGCUCCGACUCAACAUUUCUCUCCAUGCCACGCGAGGUCCGCGACCUGGUCUAUCAGCACUACGUCGUCGUUGACGGAGGAUACGUCUCUGCAUCCGAUGGCCUCCGUGGUGGCAGGCUCAAGAGGGCCGACGGGCGGCCAAUCGAUCUGAACCUGAUGUACGCCUGUCGACUCGUCGCCGACGAGAUGCGCCACCUAGCCUUGCGGAGCAACACCAUCACGUUCUUCACUAUUACGUCGGAGAAGGGGGCACCCUCGUCAAUCACGUCUGAUGGAGGCUUACGCAUGCGUGCUGCUCGCUUUGACGGCCUUGUCGGGCGUAGCCUAGAUAGUCGCAGGCAACUCCUGUUCCACUUUGUUGGGGGCUUCCUUCUGCAUCAGAAAUGCACCGAACUCGGGGCGCCAUCAGGGCCGCUGGACGACAACGAUUACGACGGCGACAACGACCUUGACGAACCGUCCGUCUCCAGACACUUCAACAAACGCUCUGCCGCAUCUGCACGCCCCACGGCUCAAGCAUUGCUCGCCGAGCUAGCUGAGAAGCACCCUCGCUUCCGACCAGUCCUGGAUCGGAUUCAACGGCACGACCGGUUGGCACGGGAUAUGUUGUACGAUCGUCACGGGCCCUACGGCGAGGCGCCCUCAUCGUACCGCGAGCUUUGCCGCGACCUCCUCCAAGUCGCGUCUCGUCUGAAUCCAGAGGACUCUCUUCAUCUCAUCUGGUGCCGCCGCAUGGGCAUCUCCGAGAAUCGCAUACCGGGCGGGGAGCUCCGCUCGAACCGCAUCAUGCGCUGCUCGGUCAGGGAGUGGGAUAUCCCCACGGCGGCCGACCUGAAGGAGCUAUCGUCGUGGAUCACCGAGGAGAAGCGCCUGCUCUCAUCCAUCCGCCACGGAUCCGACGGCUCGGUCUACCGCUUCUCGGCCGCCGCGUCGGCCAUCCGCUAUCUCAAGUCCAUCCCCGCCGACAUGCGCGCGCAGCUCCGCAAGAUUGUCCUCGUGGAAGACUACCGCUCCGUCGCGCAUCCGGAGAGCCACGCCCGAGGCCUGAUCCCGUUUUGCCGGGAGAACCCCCUCCUGCGGGUCGAACGUCGCGUGAACCUGUGGCGGAACCUCUUCCAGGUCGACAAGAGGUGGCACACGCCCCACCAGCAGUGCGAGCACCAGAACCGUGCCGCCACGCGGGCGCUCCGGUCGCGGGACAUCACGUCCACCGUCGCGCUCUGGGUCACGGAGGCAUUGGCUCUCGGGCCAGCGGGCAUGCCCGCGGCGUCCUUCUCCCUGGUCCUGGACGGCGACCCGGCGCCGCAGCUGUGCGCGCGCAUCUUCCAGACCGUCGUGCAGCGCGACGCCGCGUGGCAGCGGGCGUGGACCGAGUCCAUGGACCGGGGCCUCGUGCUCGUCCACCCGGUGCUGGACUGGUUCGAGAGGCGGGGCGAGGACGCGGCCAGGGCGGGCGUGCAUCCCGUCUCCGGGGUGUACGAGUCGUACCUGGGGUAUUUUUACGAGGGCUUCCCCGAGGCGAUGAGGGAUAUCGCGCGCGGCGGCGGCGGCGGCGGGUCCGUGGUGCGGUGUAAUUUUGACGCUGGCGAGCCGUGGGACGCUGAGAAGGUCGUGCGCGCCAAUAAGAUGUGGACGCCGGCGCAGUGGAACGAGGGGUGGCUGCAGCACGAGCAGCUGUCUUGGGAGACGGAGGCACCGUUGCCGGAGUGGCCGGCGUUGCUGAUGGAGAAUAUGAUUGACUCCUUUGCUGGGCGAAAGAAGAAGAGCUGGAGGGGCCGUUGAUGAGGCGGUCCGUUCCGGCGUCUCUCCAGGUGACGGGGGCGGUGGCGGGGUUGCAUUCUUCUGCUGAACGAUGAAGGUAUAUCUUGGGACCUUGAGUCUAUCUAUAUUCGUCUGGGAUCUAAGGAUGCUACGCCGCGGCUCAGCGUACAACACGCGGUCUGGAUAUCAUUGUUGGCAAGACAUCUCAGAGAUGGUACAGCGUUUACCUGCUACAUAUCUAUAUCCCCC